GAAAAAAGAUAAAACUUUCUAAAUGUAAAACUCGGGCAAUCGUUCGAUUCUAUCCACAACAUAAUUCAGAAAACCUCUAUGGAUUAAUUAUAUUUACAGAAAUUUUUCCAGGAAAUAUAACACAAGUUGAUGGAAUGUUUUUAGUAAGAAAUGGAUUGGAUGGAUUAAAAACGGAUGAAGGGGAAUAUAUUUAUACGGUAAAGCUUUAUCAUGAAGAUAAAAUGAUGUAUGAUUUAACUAGACCAGUAAUUAAUGGAGCUAUCGAAUUUAAUACGCGUGUACCGAAAACUGCGAAUCUAACUAUUUGUGGGGAAAAAUCAAUAAUAGGAAACAGAGUGAUAAUAAAUAAAGGAGAUACGGAAAUUGCAAAAGCGGAUAUUGCGGCAUUGGAUGAAUUUAAUC